GCUGCUCCGGGGACAGAGGAGCAAGAGGGAGGCUGGAAGCCUCUGGCUCCACCACCGAGGACCUCAGCUUCUUCUGCGUUAUUUUAGUGUAUUUAGCAAAAUACAAAGCAGGUCUUAAACAUCCUAAACUUAAGGUCCUCAGAGUUCCACAGACAACAGAUUACUGCAAUGGAAAAGUUUGUGAAUAAAAGCUCCUGCAUUAAUGAUGCAAAAAGUCCACGAAAGAAGAUCAAACUGGAGAGUGAUGAGAGGAUCAAGAAGGAGGAGGAUGAGGGAGGUGAGUUCUCUCAUCCUGUUCCCUGGCAGAAAAUAGAGGCAGAGGGACUAGACUGUGAUUAUGCUCUGCUGUUCUCCAAAGAAGAAGCACACCACCUUUUUAAACAGCUGGAGGAGGAAGUGGUGUACUCAACAGGUGAAGAAGCAAAGGUCCAGUUGUUUGGAAAGGUGCACAAUAUACCCAGAAAGCAGGCUACAUAUGGAGAUGCAGGUCUCACCUACACUUAUUCUGGGGUGACACGUUUAGCCUGCCCCUGGACUCCAACCUUGGAAUAUAUUCGGGAUGCUGUCACAAAAACAACUGGGCAAACAUUUAACUUUGUUCUGGUCAACAGGUACAAAGAUGGGCAGGAUCACAUGGGUGAGCAUCGUGACGAUGAGAAGGAGCUGGACCCCCUCUGUCCCAUCGCUUCUGUCUCUCUGGGAGCACCACGAGACUUUAUCUUCCGGCACAGAGAUGCUCGGGGAAAACAGAGCCACAGACAGAUCAAACCCGUGAAGCUGGAGCUUGCUCACGGAAGCCUGCUCCUUAUGAACUCACCGACCAACACUUUUUGGUACCAUAGCCUGCCUGUUCGCAAAAAGAUUUCCUUGCCUCGUAUCAACCUCACCUUUAGACGCAUCCUACUGGGAAGAAAGAAAUGACUAAGCAUGGAUUAUCACCUGGGCCAAUGGGGCCAGUGCCCAAGAAGCCUCUGACUAAGGGGCCCCAAGUCAAGUCACUUCUGUCCUUGGACACAUGGUCAAAUAUCACAAAUCUAAAAUUAGUUUGUUUAUGUUGCAGCUGAAUCUGAGUGACUAAAUGACAGCACAAGGUGAAAUAAGUGAGGACUGUCUACUGGGAUUCUGGAGAAUGAGCACAUUUUACAGUAAUCAGUGGUUUAAAAAUGACACUUCUGACUGACUCAAACUAUCGCUUCAGCUAUUUUCAGUAAAUGUCAUCAGGUUAAGUUUAGUAAAGCAUCUGGCAAUGUUCCUGAAGAAAGGAACACUAAAAUCAACAAUUCUCCUCAACUCCUGAGUGCAGACCAUGAAGGCUACAUUUAGCAUCUUGUGUUGCACUCAAAGGCACUCAUGUACUUUGACAGAGCAAUGGAGCACUGUACGCUGAUUGCAAAUUAAUUUGUUAUAUUGGAAAGAGAGUUGUGUGCUGUUCCAAAGAAGAAGCACAAAUUUAAAAAUAAAAGUAUUAUGGUCAAUGG